AUUGACAAUGUCGCGUUUGUCCAGUUCCACAUAUAGUUCAAUAUGUUUUCUGGUGCUUUCACAUAUCGUGUGGUUGUUGUUGCUGGCAAUUACAGCAACGGCGAGACCAGCCAGCGCCGCGCCCGCCAAUCAACAUAUCGUGAGCUUUGUCAAUCAGACGAAUACGAUUCCGGUCCACAAGGAGUUCGAUUUUGAGCAGAGCGAGGCGGAGGCCACAAAUUCUGUGCACGUACAGCAGCUCUUCAGCAGUUUGUUGUCCUUGACAGCACCUCAAACCAACGAUGCACUGGACAAUAAUUUGGAUAUGGAUCUGAGCUUGGACGAUGCGCCGAUCAGUUCCAAAAAUACGCUGAACGAUGAGCUCACGCUGGAGAUGGCCAGUGAGGGCUCCACGAAGGCACCCGACACUCUGAAUCGGGUGAAGCUGAACAUUCCCGUUCUGGAACCGGUUAGGCAUCUGGUGAAUGCGGUCGGCGGUGGUGCCGUCAAUGACACGCAUGUCCGGAACAAUCAUCAUCGUCUUUUGGGGCACAGUGGUGUCCAUCAUGCACCACAUCAUAGUAAUGGCAACGAGUCGUCGGCCAUUGAAACGGAAGAGGAUCGCGAGACGGCAAUAGAGAGCACAGGCUUUGAUCUGCUCGAAACAUUGGGCACUACGGGUACAGUACUUUGGGGCUUCCUACAAAAUCUGCGACAACUGUUUGCAGCGAGUGUGGGUGGUGCGAGUACCGCUUCGUCAGGUGGUGGUGGCACCAGUGGUACGGGCUCUCAGUAGAGUACGAACUUGUCUAGUGUUCUGUGAUUAAUCUCCUUGUAGGGCUCGGAUAUGUUUUACUAAUUUUGAAUAAACCCAGCAAAUAAAUUGUAAAACUAAAAUUAUAAAUAUAAUUUAAAAAUGUUCAA